UGAGCUGCAAUUCUUCCUAGUUUGUUCUCAGCUCUUCCCACCGAACCAAGGGACGAAAGCAGCAGUUUUCUCAUAGGGAAGUGAGAAAUCCUAAUACCCUAAAAUCGGUCUUUUCUGUUUCACUAUUCAAUCUCGUCUGGCGGCGCCCCGACCGGUGCUGGCUCCGGCCUCGCCGUCGUCUUGGGUUGCUGCCAGAUGGGUAUUUGAUCCAAUUCGGUCCGAGGUUUGUUCAUGGAUGGCUGCGCUUUGGAUUUUUUCUGGCUGCAUCUCAACCAGCGGCGGGGGUGUGCUAAUCAUGACUAGUGGGAUUCCGGACGGCGCGAGUUGUGGCGGCGUGUUUCAGGUGUGAGCUGUAGGUGACGUGAGGCGUGGCGGUUUGGGUCGCAGUGGUGAGUGGCUGCAGCGGCGUAGAUCGCAACAGCACGGAUCGUGGCAGAGUGGGUCGAAUUGUGCUACUGUGCUUAUGGCAUAUGGCAUGUCGUCAGGAGAGCUGGGCAUGUGACAUACGACAUGUCGUUGAGGGUGAUGGGCUGGGGACAGACCAGCUUGAUGGACUCUGAAGUUUAAACUAUUCCUUUGGAUGCUUUGGGCUUGCUAUUUUGGGCUAGGGUUUUUCCCUAGAUGGAUCAACGAAGAUGGGAGGACUUAGAUAAGGACUGUUUGGUGAAAGUGUUUGAGAAAGUUGAUAUGGAGUCGCUACUCUUGGAUAUUCCUUUUGUGUGCAAGUCAUGGCACAAAGAAACACUAAAUCCUUCUUGCUGGAAAAGUCUUAUCUUUCCGGAAUUUGAACCUGGAUUUCCUUAUGAAUUUGAUUAUCCAAUCCAUGAAAGAUUUGUUUCUGAAUUUGGCCUUGAUAGCAAUCGUGUCUCCGAAACUGCCUUUAUAAAGUUUGUUGUCAAUCGUAGCCAAGGAAAGGCUGUUUUUCUCAAGCUACCUGGAUUCUCUACCGUAGAAGCCUUUGAAUAUGUUGCAGAUGCGUGCCCUAACCUUGUGAUUUUGGGUUUACCAAGAUAUUUGUUGUGGAAAGAAGACAUCGAUCUCGAAUCGAUUGGCAAGUUCAAGUACUUGUAUCUGUUGUCAUUGGGCAGCUGCGAUAAAUUGGACAGAGUUCUUGCAGUAGUCAGCAAACGGUGCAAGUUGUUUUCUCAUUUAACACUGUCUAAUGCCCAAAUUGGUAAAGAAGAGGUUAUGGCAAUUGUCAACUUAGUCCCUGAUAUUAAGCGCCUGAGCUUGAAUGAGGCACAAAUCGAUCGGGAUAAUCUCAUCAUAUUACUGAAGGGUUGCAAAAAACUUUCGUUCUUGGAGGCCAAGGAUUGCAUUGGUUUCAAUGAGGGUGAUGAUGAAAUAGCAGAGCUGGCUUCUCAUAUCAGUAAAUUUCGCUGUGAGGGAUCUAAAGAGCGCAUUGAAUUUCCAUUUGAUUUUUCUGAAUUUAUUCUUUCAUCAUUAACGGAAGAUUCUGUCAUAGAAAUGGCUUCAAUGCUUGCAGAGGUUGAUGUAGAGCCAGAGGUUGAUGGCGAGGGAGAGGGUGAUAUUGAAGAAAGUGUUGAACCUUGAUUGAGCUCUUUAUAUUUGUUGAUGUUGUUAUAUAUGUGUGAUCUUAUCAGAUCCAAAUAUUGAAGUUUUCUUCUUAGCCUAAUUUAUGUAUUGGCGUAUCCUAAA